UGUGUGCGCGGAGUGCGGGACAAAGUAGCUCUCCGCCCUGGCACUGAGCUCAGCUGCACUGGCAAGGCGACCCAGCACCGCGAAGGCACCGCUCUCGUCCAGCACCAAAAAGGGAAAGUCGGGGCUGCGAGCAUGGCGGUCGAAGAAGAAGGGUUACGAGUGUUUCAGAGCGUCAAAAUCAAAAUAGGUGAAGCCAAAAACCUACCUCCAUACCCUGGUCCCAACAAGAUGAGGGAUUGCUACUGUACAGUCAACCUGGACCAAGAGGAGGUGUUCAGGACCAAAGUCGUAGAGAAGUCACUAUGCCCAUUUUAUGGAGAAGACUUUUACUGUGAAAUCCCCAGGAGUUUCCGCCACCUGUCCUUCUAUAUCUUCGAUAGAGACGUCUUCCGAAGGGAAUCCAUUAUCGGUAAGGUGGCGGUGAUGAAGGAGGACCUGCAGAAGUACCAUGGAAGGGACACCUGGUUCCAGCUCCAGCAUGUCGACGCGGACUCCGAAGUGCAGGGAAAAGUCCAUCUGGAGCUGCGUCUUAGCGAAGUCAUCACAGACAGCGGAGCCAUAUGCCACAAGCUGGCAACACGUGUCUUAGAGUGCCAAGGCUUGCCCAUCGUCAAUGGUCAGUGUGACCCUUAUGCCACUGUUUCCUUGUUGGGGCCAUCAAGGUCUGAGGCGAAGAAGACUAAAGUGAAAAGAAAAACCAACAAUCCCCAGUUUGAUGAAGUGUUCUAUUUUGAGGUAACCAGACCUCUGAGCUACACAAGAAGAUCUCACUUCGAUGUUGAAGAGGAAGAUGUAGACAAGAUGGCUAUUAGUGUUGACCUUUGGAAUGCCAGCAACUUGAAGUUUGGAGAUGAGUUUCUGGGGGAGAUUCGAAUCUCCCUUAAGGUGCUCGGGCAGUGUGGCUUCCACGACGCAUGGUACUUCUUGCAGCCCAGGGACAAUGGCAGUAAGACAGUCAAGCCAGAUGAGUUGGGUUCCCUGAGGUUGAACAUCGUUUACACAGAGGACCAUGUCUUUCCAUCAGAGUACUACAGUCCACUCAGAGACCUGUUACUGAAAUCAGCAGACGUUGAGCCUGUGUCAGCGUCUGCGGCCCACGUGCUGGGAGAGGUUUGCCGGGAGAAGCAGGAAGCUGCCAUCCCUCUGGUCCGGCUGUUCCUGCACUGUGGGAAAAUCGUGCCUUUCCUCAGCGCCAUCGCCAAUGCCGAGGUCAACAGGACCCUGGAUCCCAACACCAUUUUCAGAGGAAAUUCAUUGACUUCCAAGUGCAUUGAUGAGACAAUGAAGUUGGCUGGGAAGCAUUACCUCCAAGUGACACUGAAGCCCAUCAUCGAUGAAAUUUGUGAAGACCACAAACCCUGUGAAAUUGACCCUGUGAAGCUGAAGGAAUCGGAAAACAUGGACACCAACAGAGAGAACCUGCGGCAGUAUGUCGACCGAAUCUUCACGGUGAUCACCAAGUCUGGGGUCCGCUGCCCCACGGUCAUGUGUGAUAUCUUCUUUGCUCUGCGAGAGUCAGCAGCCAAACGUUUUCAAGUGGAUCCAGAUGUGAGGUACACAGCUGUCAGCAGCUUCAUCUUCCUGAGGUUCUUCGCUCCAGCCAUCUUGUCCCCCAACCUGUUCCACCUCCGGCCACAUCACCCGGAUCCACAGACAUCCCGCACCCUGACGCUCAUCUCCAAGACCAUCCAGACGCUGGGAAGCUUGUCCAAAUCCAAAUCCGUACGUCUUUCCCAGACCGUCCAUAUGUACUUCUCAUCGGCUUGUCUUUUUAUUUCCAGAUUCAUGAUUAAAAGGGCUCAAGGGAGGAAUCGGUUUGGCAUGAAAAAUUUCAAGAAUAGGUGGUUUCGUCUCACCAACCAGGAGUUUACCUACCACAAAAAUAAAGGGGAUCAUCCGCUGUGCAGCAUCCCCAUCGACAACAUCCUGGCUGUGGAGAGGCUGGAAGAGGAGUCCUUCAAAAAGAAAAAUAUGUUCCAGGUAAUCCAGCCAGAAAGGGCUUUGUAUAUACAGGCCAAUAACUGUGUAGAAGCCCGGGACUGGAUAGACAUCCUCACCAAAGUCAGCCAGUGCAACAAGACGCGCCUGUCCAUGUAUCACCCCUCUGCUUACCUCAACGGGCACUGGCUGUGCUGUAAAGUGUCCUCAGAAUCUGCGCAAGGCUGCACACCUUGCACUGGAGGGUUACCGGCCAACAUUGAGCUGGAUGUGGACGGGGACCGAGAGACAGAGCGCAUCUAUUCUCUCUUCAUCACUUACUUGAGUAAGGUGGAGAAAAUGCAAGAGGCGUGUGGCAGCAGGUCGGUGUACGAUGGGCCGGAGCAGGAGGAGUAUUCCAGCUUCGUGAUCGACGACCCCCAGGAGACGUACAAAACUCUUAAGCUGAUCACCAGUGCCGUGCACACACUGGAGCAGGAGCACGCGCAGUACAAGAGGGACAAGUUCAAGAAGACCAAGUACGGGAGCCAGGAACAUCCAAUCGGGGAUAAAAGCUUCCAGUGUUACAUCAGGCAGCAGUCGGAGUGCUCCACUUACUCCAUCUGAAGAAGAGAGCGCAGGAGCUGCCUGGAACAACACUCUCUGUAAAAGGGAAUAUAUGUAGCAUAAAUGUACAGCUUUUAAAGAAGGCAAGUGUGUCAAGCUAAGUUGUUUUUUGUAUGAUGUACUAAACUAUUGUUUUUCACAAACUGUUCAUUUAGUAGCUAUGCACUUUAAUCAUCUGAGCUUCACAGAUGGUGGAACUCUGCCUUUUGGCAUUGUUUUUUUUAAAUAUUUUAAUUUGUUUUUUUAUCGGCAACAGUUUGUGGAUCAGUUAAAUGAUCGCUGAAAACUGUCCUUUUAAUUGCAGUUUCUUAAUGUUAUUUCCACUGUAUCUUCCCUUUCGAGGACCAAUACCCAGUUCAAAAGGGACUGUAUUGUACAGAAAGCUGUCGUUUGGAAAAAAAGCAUCUCUUCUACAACGGGCAUCUUUUUUUAAGAUCUGUUUUUGAUUUUAGACUAUCUGAAUUUUGUACCCCCAAGACUCAGUUCUUAAACAUUGCACAGUAUUCUCUGAAACAAUUCUAAUGUGAAACACCUAUUUCUCAAAACACCAGUGGUGUAUUAAAGGUACAGAUAUUAUCAUAUGCCAUAGCUUACUUGGGUAUUAAAAGAGAGCGUUAUGAGACGUAAUGAGUGCUGUGUGUGUGUUAGUGUUCACAAGAUAUAGAUGACUUGGUUCUGCACAGAUCAAAGUAAGCAUGGCAUUCAAGGGCUUUCCUUUUACAAACUAGCCUGCAGUCAUGUAGUGAGUCUUGACAUGAGACCUUUUUCACUCCAACACAAAUAUUUAACUACAGGAUUCAUCAAUCAAAGCUACAAGGUGAAAAACCUUCCUGUUUUUCUACAUUUCAUUCAGAUAUCUUUGAUGAAUACAACAGCAGGGAGUUUGGAACAAAACAAUUUGUUUUAGAAAUGUGUAAGGAAACAAAUCCAGUGUUUCUAAAAUAAAAGUUGAGGACACCAGAAGCAUGACUUUGUAUGACUGCCAUUAUACUUGAGUUGUAGGUUUUAACAAUGUUUCAUUUUUGAGUCUUUCUUUGCUUCAAAUUUUAAACAUGUUUAUAUAGAUGACAUGAUGUCAUGGCGGUAUUUUCAUACCUGUUUCUCAUGAUGUAAAGUCAGAUCAGUGUUAAUCGUGGCAUGUUAGAACAGGAUUGUGGCAUACUGCUACUGUUUGUCUUCUUAAUAUUCCAGAAAAGAACCUGGGCAGUUACGGAAAUCGGAAGGUCUCACAAGGUUUCACACACAGUACAGCAGUCGGUCUCCCUAAAGCAGUGUGUUGUAUCACAGUAAAGCAGAAUGGUUAGGAAGAGCAUAAGGUGACUUUUAACAAAUCUUGGUUUACUUUGAGAAAGAGAAAAUGCUUUGUUCGGGAUCUGUUUUCCUUUUGAGGAUUGUAAAAUAAGCCAUGUGCUAUGUGUUAUAAUUCAGUUUCUUUUUUGGCUUACAAUUUGCUAUUUUUUUCCAGAGUUGGUUCAAAAAGCAGCACUUUGCUGCUACUGUUGAAUUUGCGCAUUCCUUUUUACUAGCAUCUCUAAGCCUUUAAGGUAACUGUGAUGCUACAGUCCUGUAGUUACUUAAGACUGCAGUUAAUUUUGGGGUUUAUUAGAUUUAUUUAUCCAUUUACAAGGAUGUGGCUAUGUUUGAGUACUUUACUAACCACUUGUUAUAAAGCAGUUAAGAAUGGCUUUAUUUCCCCAAAAGGAAGACAACUCCUGGCUUCUUGUGUUGUAUUUUAUACAAUAUAAAAGUAUUAAAAGAAUUCUGAUUUUGUACAGAAAUAAUAUUGUGGAAAAAAUGUGUUAUUUUCAAUGCAAAUGAAGGCAAUUAUAUUAA